CUCACCUUUCCCCUGCUGUCAGUCACUCUCCUGGUGUCCUUCGGCUCCUCCAUGCUCUAUGGCUACAACCUCGCCGUGGUGAAUUCACCGGCAGAGCACAUAAAGGCUUUUUACAAUACCACAUGGUCCCAGCGGUACGGGCACGGGCUGGCUCCUGGCCCCCUGACCCUCCUCUACUCCCUAACUGUCUCCAUCUUCGCCCUGGGUGGGCUGUUGGGCUCCUUGCUGGUGGGGGUGCUGGUGGAGCGGUACGGCAGGAAUGGCACGCUGAGCCGCAGCACUCUCCUCGUCCUCCUGGCUGGUGGCUUCAUGGGCUUCAGCCGGGAUCUGGGGUCCCCUGAGAUGGUGAUCAUCGGCCGCUCCAUCACGGGGCUCCACUCAGGUAUCUGUCUCAGCGUGGUGCCCCUCUACCUGGGAGAAAUUGCCCCCAAGAACCUGCGAGGUUUCCUGGGCCUCAUUCCCAGCAUCUUCAUCUGCCUGGGAGUUUUCUUCGCACAGGUCCUCGGACUCCCAGAGCUGCUGGGCAAGGACAAGUUCUGGCCCCUUUUCUUGUCAGUGGUGGCCAUUCCUGCCUCCCUCCAGCUCCUGCUGCUGCACUGCUUCCCUGAGAGCCCGCGCUACCUGCUGAUAGAGAAGAAUGACAUCUGUGGGGCCACCAAGGCGCUGCGCCGGUUCCUGGGGACACCUGACGUGCAGGGUGUGAUUGAGGAGAUGAAGGAGGAGCAGCAGUCACUCUCCUCCGUGGAGAUGGUUUCUGUCUGGCAGCUGCUGCGGGACCGCUCUGUCUGCUGGCAAACCCUCUCGGUGGUGGUGGUGAACGCUGGCAUGCAGCUCUCGGGGAUUGACGCCAUCUGGUUUUACACCAACACCAUCUUUGAGAACGCCGGGAUCCCCGUGUCCCAGAUCCCCUACACCACCGUGGGCACCGGUGCCAUCGAAGUUGUUGCAGGACUUGUUGGGUGCUUCACCAUUGAGAAGCUGGGUCGGCGGCCGCUCAUCAUCACCGGCUUCUGCGCCAUGGGCAUCUGCUCGGCUGGCAUCACCGCCUCCCUGCUGCUGCAGACCACCCUGCCCUGGAUGAGCUAUGUCAGUGUCGCCUGCGUGGUUGGCAUCAUCGCUGGCUUCUGCAUGGGACCAGCUGGUGUCCCCUUCCUGAUGACAGCCGAGCUCUUCACGCAGUCGCACCGCCCGGCUGCCUACAUCGUGGGAGGAUCCCUCAACUGGCUCUGCAACUUCACCAUUGGCUUCAUCUUCCCCUUCUUGCAGAUGUCAACUGGUGCCUUUUGCUACCUGGUUUUCUGUGGUGUCUGCCUGCUGGUGGCCCUGUAUGUCUACUUCAUCAUCCCUGAAACCAAGAACAAAACCUUCAUGGAGAUCAGCCACAUCUUUGCCACCCGACACUCCCGUCUCUCCAUCCCAGCCCAUCUCACUGGGAUGAUGAAGCUUGAUGGCUAUGGAGCCUUGGAGAGCAGCUCCUUGGAGGCUUCAGGCUCCAGCCUGCCCUGAUCUGGGUGGUCUGGGGGCAACAACGGUGAUGUAGGAGGCUGGAGACUGGGGAGGGAAGUGGGGCCAAUUUGCUCAGACUCAAUUAGCUCUGCAUCUCCCAGGACAUCCCACCACCAUGCAGCUGGCAGCCAGGGAGUUCACAUCACUCCUGGGUAUGUGGACAUGCCAAGAGGUGCCUGUGUGAGGUGUUUAAUAAAGAUAAUUGCCUCCAGAGCCAUUAUUUGGUAAGUGCAGCCCAGGACAGCAGCGACUCAGAGUGUGCUGACACAGGUGGGUACUCCCCUGGUGCCAGGAAGCAGCAGAAUGGGAUGGGAGUCUCAUCGCCCUCCCUGCUGUGCCUGGCUGGUCAUUUUGUAGGAAGGGUGGCCAGGAUGGCUCCUGGAUUCUUGUCUCACCCCGGGUGGUCAUGCAGAGGCUGCUGCAGAAGGGACAAGGAGCAGCUCAGAGCUGGGGGUGACCAUCCAGCCUCUGUGCCCCAUGCCCAGCCUGCUGGCAGCAGGUGGGAGCUGCCCGUUUUCUGGGACUGCUGUGGGCACAGCCUUCAUGUGGCCUGGGAACCCUACAACAGCUUCCAUGGACACCUUGAAGUCAGAGGCUCCCAGGUCAGCAGAUCUCAGGAAGCUGCUGUUUGCAGCUCCCCACUCUGUGAUGGGCCCAGAGCCUGCAUGUUUGGUGCUUGUGGUCCCUUGUUGGUGUGGUGGGCUCCAGCCCAUGUGAGUAGCUCACCUUUUAUGCAUGACUUGGCAAAGCCUCCGGGUGCCUUGUGGGGUGAGUGGGCGCUGGGCCCAUGUGGGGCUGGGACAAUGCACUGGGCAACCCAGUAUGGCCCAUCCUCAGCAGCCAGCUGGGGGCUCUCCAGCACCUCAAGCUGUUUAAAGGACAUCAGCCAAGGUGGGGGUCACAGCUCCACAGCAUCAGCCACUUCCCACUCUGUCUCCCUCCCAGCCCGGCUGCUCUCGGCGCAGAACAGAGCGGUAAAUAUGUGCAGCAUUACAUAUGUAUAAUGGAGUGUAAAUAACCCCAAAAAGUGCAUUGUAAAUAGACUCCAAGUUUAUCCUUUAUUAAUGAGGCACUGAGUGCCCUGCUGUUUUAGAGCAGCGAGACUUUCAUAAUAUCAAAACCUAAAUUACACUUGUGUCUCUCAUUCCCAGCAAACGACAGCAUCAUUUCAGGCCUCUUUGCCACUUGUAUUUAUUUAUUCUGGUAUUUAUUUAUCUCUCCCACCCAGCAUGCAGGGCAGCCUGGAAGAUGCCCUUUGCAAGGGAGGCAAUGCCCCCCCUGGGAGCAGCUCCCACCCAUCCUGGAGUCCUGACAUGGUCAAGGAGCCACUGUUGCCUUAUGGCCAAGGACUGCUUGGUGCUGGCUGGUGAGAUUGGGUAGACCUGGGAAACAUGGGGCUGGGAUCCUUCUCUGUCCAGGGCUUCAGGCACCUCCACAGCCAGACAUUCCCUACUUCCAAGGUCUGGAGGUCACUAGCAAAAUCCUAUGGCGCGUUUUGGAAAUCCUCGUGAGGGUACCAUGCCAAGGCAUGCAUCCUUCCUCCUUCCAUUAGGACCUGGGAGGACAGGAGCAAGGAAACUGCAUGCUCAUUGGCCCCAAUUUCUCGUCAUCUUUUUCUUUAGGAAAUUGAGGCAGGUUCUCUGUUUAGGGCUGUCAGUCCAAGCUGGCCCACACACCCUGGGUAUGGUAGCCUUGCAAAAGAGGAUUUGGGCUUCCCCUCUGCUUACUUGGCCCAGGAAAGAAUUUUCAGCUACGCUGUGGCAGGCAUCUUGGGAAGGGAAUGGCUGCAUGCACCCCAAGCUGCUUCCCCAAGUCCAAAACAGCUCUUUGGAUUCAGGCCUCCCAAAUCACUGGUUCAGUUUGGUGAGGAUAAGGCUGUAUCCUCUAGCGUGUCCAAACAGACCUUGAACAAUGGGAGAAGGUGCAAAGAAGAGUAAGAAGAGUCCAAGAAAUUAAUGUUGAUGCCUGAAAAUACUCCUAAUUCUCUUAAGGUCUGAAGAAAUUAAGAUGAAGGUGACUUUUUCCGAAUGUCUAAGUACCAUCUUGUGAUGUAUCCAAUGCUGGAGGGCGUGUGGGUUUAACCACCGAGGUAUGCACAUGCUGGGCUGGAGCUUGUACCAGCCAAACUGGAACGGGAAAGAAGGUCCUUUUGGAAACAAAAGGAAAUGGUCAUAACCAGCCUCUCUGUCUGCAGCCUGAACUGGACACUUUUGAGGGGUUUGGGGGAGAUUUAGCCCCUCCAGAGGCCCCAGCUCCUUGGGGCCAUUCAAAGCAGAGAAAAGCUGGCAGAAGAGACAGCUUGGUGUGGGACUCCAACACUGAUCGUCUCUGGUUUGUCCUCAGGAGGGGGGAGACGUGGCCAUGGGGCUGCAUGGCAGUGAGGUCAUGAUUCAUCUGGCACCGCCCACCAUGUAAAGCAGCCCAUGAUGACAAGCACCUGAGACCCCACCUAAGCUUAGCAUCAAUGCUCAUUGGGGUUUUGAGACUGCAAGAUGGACACUGCCAUCCCCCAGUUCCCCACCAGUGUGAGCGAACACAUCUUCAGUUAAUGCAUGGGAGGGCAAAAAUAAGGGAAAAGGGUCCCCUCUUUUUGGAUACAGGGUUUUUCCUGUAGGAGCACCUCUGCCCUCAGUAAUGUUCCUGGAAAGGGGUUACAGAGGUCCUGGCUGCACUUUGGUGUUGGCAAAACUUAAGCCGAUGAGCUGUUGCACCCCCAAAAUUAGGUUUCCCCCCCCCAAAAUGAGAAGUUUUGGGAUGGAGCAAGAACAUCUGGCUGGGAAGGGUGACGUCAGCCAGGAAUAGAACCUUUUGGUACCUUUCCCUUGUCUUUGCUUUGCACAGUGGGGGCAGAAGUCCUGCAAGAAGGAGACAACGAUGUGGUGGGGGUGGUGUGCCCGUUCCAGGUGCCACAACUCUAUGCAUCCUCACACUGUGGUAAACCUGGCUCACUCCCAGCUGAAAGCCAUCCUGCAGCAGGGGCUCAUCUCCUUGAAGUGCAGAGCCAGCUCCAGCUGAGCCUGUGGUUCAUAUGGACUCUGCUCAAGUGCCUUUUUGCAGGGAAAAACCUAAAAUGGGUGAUUUUUUUAAUGUGUUCCAGAUAACGGGCACCCAGCUGGAACCCAGCACUUCAGAGGAGUGAAGAACAGUGAUUUAUUUCUUUUAAAAACCUAAAUUAUUCCCUCAGUGUCAACCAGACCCCCUAAAACCUCUUAAAAAGCAGAUCAAUAAAUACAUAUAAA